AUGUACAUCAAGGCAGCUGCUUCUGCUUCGAGUUCCGUCCCUCGAGGAACGGGUUUUCUCGACCAUUACGAUGUUCAAUUGAUCAAAUGUCGAGCCAUUGUUCUACGUUUGCAAGAGUUUUUGCGUAUUUUGAAGAUACUCAACACAACGUCUAAACGCAGGAGCGAAGCGCGUUUCAUUAUUCCCCUCACAAACUAUAUCUUGGCUCUUUACGGAUGUUUGACCUUAAACAUCUCGGAACCACUCAGCAAGAAACUCUUGGCAAUUAGUGAGUUCAAAACGGUUCCUAUACCAGCAUCUGUUCCUGCAUACGAUGCAGAGCCUGUUGACAUCCGAAUUGAGCUCGCAACAGUGGGAUCGGACCUUGAAGAAGUCAAAAAAAAAGUUUACAAUGCGUCACUGCAAGGACAGAUUUUGGAAACUGCUAUCAAGUUAACGACCACGGCAUUGCAAGUUGCAGAGCGUAUCUACGGAACGUCCUUGACCGAACGCACCAACAACAGACAGCCAGAUAUCUCCGGAAGACGCUUCGAGCUGAACGAGGCAGCGUUUGAUGAGCUUAUAAGGCCCGGGGAAGUUGCUUUGGCAUUAGAUCUCGCUGUUUUGAUUAAAAACUACGACUUGGACACGUCAGUUGCAUCAUUUCAGAAACUCAAUUUACAAGUGCUGGGCAAGUUUAGAGACCAUAUGAAUGAAAAAGCCUUGCGUCCCAUCAAGUCUUACCACACGUCACUAUUUCGAUUCUCGAAAGCAGCUUCCGCCAGUCAGGCCAAAAUAAUCAUGAAUUUACCGCAUUGGCAAUACACAAUGCACCGAGUGUAUGCCUUGCUACUGAGAAUUCUGUAUAUCCUUUCCAUCACGAAAGCUUUUCUGAGGCAAAUUUACAUUCCCAACAGCCAUUGUUUGGCAGCGCAUAAAACGCAGCUUCGAUCUACGAAUGUUUAUGAAUAUCAAGAACUGCUAGAAAGUCUGAAAAGGAUAUGUCUUGACGGCAAGGACCUCGAUGAGCUGGCUGGUCGCGUUAACAACUACAACAACAGUGGCUCAUUUUUCUUGGUCCAACCGGCUACUAUCUCUGAAGUCUUCAACACUGAUAUUACCAGUGCCAUUCGCAAGCUAAGACAUUAUUUUCAAACCAUAGACUCUUGGAUCACGAUGUGGACGAACAUUCAAGACAACAAUGCGGCGACAGAAAAGUUGGAUGUAAUUUCUGAGUCAGAACUGGCCAAGCUUUUGGAAGAGCGCCUUGCUAACGACAAGCUGGAGCAUAUAGAAAAGAAAAACAAAGAGGCAGCCGCGAAGAGCGAGGCAGUUGAAAAUGCAAUGGAAAAGAGCCCUCCUCACAAAAGUACCACGCAAUCUACCCCAAUCAGAACUGUCUUUAGAAGAUCGUCGUUGCAACGGUCCGGUCUCUCCCCCAUGGGUAGUGAGGGGUCUCCGCCGAGUUCUCUUUCUCCCAGACCACUUAGCAGAUCGCCUUCCUUGAAUAAUAAAAGGGCAUCGCUUUUCAACAAAGUACCCAAAAAUGGCAGCAACCACUCGUCGCCACUUGUUUCCAGACGCGGUUCUGUGUCAGAAAAUGAGCAGACCACUGGUAUGAAAUCACCAGUUUCUGCAAAACCUGUUGGUGGUGCCAAUGAUCGUAUGCGUGUUCAAGGAAGAAAACGGUCUGCUUCUUUGCAAUCGGCGUUGCAUGCUCCGUCUGAGCCAACCUCAAAUACAUUUCUCGGUGACAACAUCCGAUCCAAUUCUUUGCAAGCGGGUGCAAGCCUCAAUCAGCGUAUGAUACGCAAUUCCUUCGCUCAAGUAUCUGGUAAUUUACUCGGUGGCAGCCCAACCGCCCAAAGAGGAGCCGCAGUCAUUUCGCCAACGCCACGGAAAAAAAAACCAGAGGUAGUGGUGCGGUCCGCAUCACCUUCUCCUGUUUCUCGGGAUCAAUCUCCUUCGAAAUCACCAUCUGAUAGUCGAGAGAUCGAUCAACUUCCGAAGAUUGAGUCUUUGGUGCUGGAUAACGAAAAGCUAGCAUUAAUAUCAAGAAAGGACAGUCCUGAGAGCAAUGAUUCUGCCGCAACGGAACCUUCCAGUGAAGCUGGUGUAGAUGGAGGAGGAAAUGGAGGCCUUCAAGAUGACAGUGAGAACCAGGCCACUGACCAGAAUGAUGAUGUAAUUAUGAAAAAAGUCCGGUUCACUGGUGUCCCUCCAUUUUCGAUCGACGAGGACCCACGCCCCAAGAGGAGAGGCUGGUAUAAGAAGCCAGCAGUCCUGCGCUACCCACCUCCUCCACCCCAGUAUGCUGUACAAAAAUACACGCUACGUCAAGAGGGCGCUACUUUCCAUAACAGCUUGCGAGAAAAUGAUGUCGAAAGCAACAAUGCAGUUCAGAAAAGAUCCUCGCUUAUAGCACAAGCGGAUAUGUCAGGCACCACUGGGCAUAAACUGGCCUCUAAACUACGGGAUAAGCUAAUUCGUUAA